AUGCGCCAAUUUCUGGCCUAUCUCCUACUUGCUAUCACAAAUGGCUUCGCACUCACUUCGGCCGCGGCAUCCGGCUACCAUGAGCAAUUGACGCUUCGACCUUUACCCCUGUCCCAGCUUCUAGCGAGCUUCAACUUCCGAGCCAAUACUUCAAUCGCCGACUUCGAAGCGCACAACUUCCGACUCUUUCCUCGAUCACUAGCACAAAUUCUUCAGUAUGCCGGUACUAGAGAGUUGCAUCUCCGAUUUACGCUGGGGCGAUGGGAUGCCCAGUCAUGGGGUGCCCGACCCUGGGAUGGGACCCGUGAGGGAGGCACUGGCGUUGAGCUGUGGGCGUGGCUGGAUGCUGAGACGGAUGCUGAAGCCGAUGAGAAGUGGUUGAUCUUAACCAACGCCUUAUCUGGAUUGUUCUGCGCCAGUUUGAACUUUAUCGACGAGACGAGGACCAUUCGACCCGUUAUGUCUUUCCAGCCCGAUGGCCACCAUUCGAACUCAUCGCUGGCCAACACAAGACUUCUGCAUGGUGUUUUGCCGCACGAAGUCGUGUGUACAGAAAACCUGACACCUUUCCUCAAAUUGCUGCCGUGCAAGGGCAAGGCUGGAAUUGCCACCCUGUUGGAUGGGCACAAGCUCUUUGAUGCCUCUUACCAGAGCAUGGCAAUCGACGUCAGGCCCAAGUGUGAUGCCGACGGUGAAUGCUUUUUGGAGAUGGAAGAGACUGUGGAUAUGGUUCUCGAUAUCAAUCGCUCCAAGCGACCUCAAAACAACCCGAUUCCGAGACCCCCUCCUGCUCAUGAGCUUCUUUGCGAUACUUCCAAGUCAUACAACUCGGAGCACGCUUGCUUCCCCGCCGACAGCCUCGAUGGUCAAGAUUGGACGCUAGCUCAAGUCUUCGGUCGACCUAUGAAGGGAACGUGUCCCCUAACCGACCCUGACGUUCCUCCUGUCUGUGUCCAGAUCCCCCAAUCCCGCGAUAUCUACACUACCGAAGGCGCCCGCGAAAUCAGAUCUCAAGACGGAAACUCUCGAUGCUACAGCCUGGACUCCAAUUCCGAGCUUGCUCUCAUGCUUGUCAAGCCCGAAUCACAGGAUGAGGACAAGAUCCUUAACAAGCCACAAACGCCCCUCCUCUACGCUGAUCGCAGUUUCAACGGCCACGGCCAGGAACAUGGUGGUGUACAAGCUAUUCUGAGCAACCCUAGCGAUACCGACGUCGAGUUUGUCUACAUGGAAUCCCUUCCUUGGUUCAUGCGUAUCUACCUACACACCCUCUCGGCUCGCAUCGCCGAUGCUCCCUCGUCAAACUCGUCCGAUCUCAUCAAGGAGAUCUACUACCGACCUGCCCUGGACCGCGCCCGGGGUACACAGCUCGAACUACUCAUGCGUAUUCCUCCACACUGCACCGUUUUCCUCACCUACGAUUUCGAAAAGUCCAUCCUGCGUUAUACCGAAUAUCCUCCUGACGCCAACCGCGGCUUCGACGUCGCCGCCGCAGUUAUCACGACACUUGAGCCCAAGGUCCUGAACAUCCGCACUACAACACUGCUGCUGUACCUUCCCACGCCAGAUUUCAGUAUGCCAUACAAUGUUAUCAUCUUUACAUCGACUGCUAUCGCCCUUGCAUUCGGAGGACUGUACAACAUCCUCGUCAGAAGAUUUGUCGGCGCUGAUGAGGCCCAGGGAAUGGCUUUGAAGGCGAAGAUCUUGGGACUUAUUAAUAGACUAAAGGGCAAGGUCGGAAAGAAAUAG